GACAUAAUGAAAUUAACAGUGUCAAAAAACGGAUAGAAUUCGUUGGGGUUCAAAGAAAGAAAAACCCAAGCCCCCAAGCGAGAAUUCAUGUUCAUUGGAGCCGGCCGGAGGUGGAGUGGAGGGGUUGUGCUGUUGUAGAAAGGAGCACAAAUCGAUCGCGCAGAUUCUAAGUUAAUUCAAAAAUUAGCAUCGAGAAGCUGACGCACACCCUUGCAUUUCGUUAAUUCAUCCCCAGUAAUGAAAUGGUUUGUGUCAGAAUCUAUGUAUUAACGUAUUAGUUACGCGAAGCAUCCAAUUCCAGGCGGAAGGUGCUUUCAACUGGCACGCAAUCCCCCAUAAAGACGCUCCUCGUUCAUCACUCUCACAAUGCAAUCCUCGAUUUACUCUCUUCCCGGAACAGCGCCGGCGCCGACGGCCGACGGUGAUCGUGCUUCCUCGCUGCUUUGCAACGGAGAAAUGAGAGACAUGGAGACGAAGCCUUUGCUUUGUAGGGAUUCUACUCCGACUUGUGUCGGUGUUAGCCAGCAGAGGAAGCGUAGAAUCGCCGGGAAAUCGCCCGCACCGGAGCUGCGGUGUCCCGCCCGGCAGAAUUCUUUUGGCCGGGAGAUCGGGCGUGCGGCGGCAGAGACGUUUUUGGUUACUCGCCUUAGCUUCAAGCUGUUGAGCUAUCUUGGUGUAGGCUACCGUUGGAUCGCAAAAUGUUUUGCUCUCCUUUUUUAUGCAAUGCUACUCAUGCCUGGCUUUCUUCAAGUUGCAUAUUAUUAUUACUUCUCAAGUGAAGUCUGCCGGAGUAUUAUUUAUGGAGAUCAACCAAGGAACAGGUUGGAUUUGCAUUUACCAAAAAAUUGCGAGAAACCAAAGCCUGUUGUAGUAUUUGUAACUGGGGGAGCCUGGAUCAUUGGGUACAAAGCAUGGGGUUCUCUUUUAGGGAAACAGUUAGCAGAAAGAGACAUCAUCGUGGCAUGCCUUGACUACAGAAAUUUUCCUCAGGGGACUAUCGGUGAUAUGGUAAAAGACGUUUCUCAAGGGAUCUCAUUUGUAUGCAACAACAUUGCUCAUUAUGGGGGUGACCCUAACAGAAUUUACCUUGCGGGGCAGUCGGCUGGUGCACAUAUUUCUGCCUGUGCUCUCUUGGCACAGGCAAUGAAAGAAUCUGGCAAGGAAGAGUGCACUUCUUGGAGUGCCUCCCAGAUAAAGGCAUAUUUUGGUCUGUCUGGAGGGUACAAUUUAUUGAACUUAGUUGACCACUUCGAUAAACGAGGCUUGUAUCGUUCCCUCUUUUUAAGUAUAAUGGAAGGGGAACAAUCCUUGCAAAAAUAUUCUCCUGAAGUUAUGAUACAGGACCCAAGCAUUAGAAAUACUGUUUCACUAUUGCCUCGUAUUGUUCUUUUCCAUGGAACUGCAGAUAAGUCAGUACCAUCUGAUGCCAGUGUAACAUUUGUAGAUGCUCUUGAAAGAGUAGGAGCUCAAGCUGAAUUAAUUUUGUAUGAAGGAAAAACCCAUACUGAUUUGUUUCUUCAAGAUCCUCUGAGAGGUGGUGAGGAUGAACUUUUUGAUUCUCUAGUUGCUUACAUACAUUCAGGUGAUACGAAAUAUGUUGCCGAGGCUGCUCCUCCAAGGAGGCGCCUUGUUCCCGAGUUUUUGUUGAAACUGGCUCGUGAGGUCAGCCCGUUUUGAGGCUCGUAGUUUUGCAGGUCAAUAACCAAGUGUGAUUUUGUGUACUCAUUACUGUUCGUAAUUGCCCCUGCUUGGCCAGCUUUAAAUCCUUGGCCUGUUACUAUGUCCCCAAUCAUUGAAUUUUGGAGGGUUGUGGGAGUAGACUUUGCGUUCUGAUUCUGCAUGCUAAUUCCAAAUGUUUAAUGUAAAUUCAGGCUAGCGUUAUAUUAGCCCCCAAGGUAGCCCCAUAAUUGUACUGAAUUUCAUAUUUACACAGUCUAUUUACAAUUAUAUAUUUCAUUUAAA